UCACUCUCGUUAAAUAUGGGGUAGACCAGCUGCCUCCCCUACUCUCUCUAUUCUCUCCUACUGUCACGCAGCCAUGCCCUCCUCAGCACCCGUCUUCUCCACGCCGCUCACGAAGCUUUUCAAAAUUAACCACCCCGUCAUGCUCGCAGGUAUGAACGUUGCGGCUGGGCCAAAACUUGCUGCCGCAGUCACAAAUGCGGGAGGUAUUGGCGUCAUUGGAGGCCUUCGCAUGAACCCGAAGAUUCUUCAGGAAAACAUUGACGAGCUCAAGGGUCACCUGGAGGACAAGAACGCGCCAUUUGGUGUCGACCUGCUCCUUCCCCAGGUUGGAGGCAAUGCUCGCAAGACCAAUUACGACUACACCAAAGGUCAGCUUAAUGAGCUCGUUGACGUCAUCAUCAAGAGCAAGGCUGCCCUCUUCGUCUGCGCAGUCGGCGUUCCACCCAAGGAAGUUGUUGACAAGUUCCACAAAGCUGGUAUUGUGGUUAUGAACAUGAUCGGCCACCCCAAACACGCACCUAAGGCUUUGGCGCAGGGUGUGGACAUUAUUUGUGCCCAAGGCGGUGAGGGCGGUGGACACACGGGAGACACACCUUUCUCCGUCCUUAUUCCCGCAACUGUCGACCUCUGCAAGUCUGCCAAGAGCCCACUGACCGGAGAGCCUGUUAUGGUCAUCGCGGCGGGUGGUAUCGCGGAUGGACGUGGUCUGGCAGCAUCAUUAUCGUAUGGUGCCGCCGGCGUUUGGGUCGGCACCCGCUUUGUGGCCUGCGAGGAAGCCAGUGCACCUCGCAAGCACAAGGAGUUGCUCCUCUCUGCAGGAUACGACGACACUGUCCGGACCUUGAUCUAUUCUGGACGUCCAUUGAGCGUGCGGAAGACGGCCUACGUCGACGAGUGGGAAACCAAGCGGGCCGCUGAGAUUCAGGAGCUUGUCUCCCAGGGCAAGGUUCCGCACGAGGUGGAAUUGGAGAAGCGGCCAGAGCGGUCCAUAGAAGGACAGAGGUGGCUCAUGGGUAAGGUUGCUGGAUCAAUAAAGGAUAUCAAAUCUGCCAAAGAAAUUGUCGACGAGCUUGUGACCACGGCUGCUUCGAGCCUGAAGAAGGCAAACGAGUUUGUCCUGGCCAAAUCCAAGCUCUGAACAUGGGAUUAUCAUAUGAUGAGCAGUUGACGAAGCUUGCCAUAGUAAUAAGCGAGGUCACUUUCCAGCUUUGGGAGAUAUGCUAUCAUCUUCAGGGGCUAUUUAUGUCAUUAUCACCAUCGCAGCUUUUUGAAUUCAGUCAUUUGCGUCCUCCCAUCAGGCAGGGGGGAGCCAACAAGCG